AUGAUAGUAAAAGAAGUAUGCAAUGCUAUUUGGUCAAUAAUGAAAUCGGAAUUUCUACCCACACCUUCAAAAGAAAACUGGGAAACAAUCGCAUUGGAUUUUGAAAGAAAUGCUAAUUUUCCCCAUUGCAUAGGAGCAGUAGAUGGGAAGCACAUUCGGAUAAUUUGCCCAUCUGGCAGUGGGUCCAUGUAUUAUAACUACAAGCAAUAUAAUUCACUGGUAUUGAUGGCAAUAGCUGAUUCAAAUUACCGGUUUGUAUAUGUUAAUAUUGGAAGUUAUGGGAAAGAUUGCGAUUCUGCUAUUUUUAAGCAAAGUGAGAUAUGGAAAUCUAUUACAAUGGGAACGCACCAGCUUCCAGAACCGAAAGGUCUGCUGGGUACUGAUAGUCCUAAUUUGCCUUAUUUCUUCGUUGGAGACGAAGCCUUCGCAUUACACAAACAUUUAUUACGGCCGUUUGGAGGAUCAAACCUCUCAAUAGAAAAAAAAAUAUUCAACUAUCGCUUAAGUAGAGCGAGGCGAUAUAUUGAAUGUGCAUUUGGAAUUUUAAGCAAUAAGUGGCGAAUUUUCCACCGACCAAUAAACGUGGAACCAGAUUUUGCAGUUGAUAUCGUCAAGGCUAGUGUUGUUCUGCAUAAUUUUGUGAGAGAGAGGGAUGGAAUAUUGUUUGAAGAUAGUACAACAAUUACAGGGUUGGAGGAUUUACAACCAGAAUAUUCAUCUCGUGGAGGUUUAUCAGCAAACAAUAUACGACAAACAUUAUGCGACUAUUUUGUAAACGUUGGAUCAGUCCCGUGGCAAAUGUCAAAAGUGUAA